AUGGCAGUCAUCUCUGAAUCAAUAUCAUCUGCGUCACAGCAUAUCGAGGGUAUCCUUCUCCUUCUCGGCGUGCUCUAUCUGACUUCCAAUUACCUCACUCCAGGGGUAUGCUCUGUGCCUGGGCCCUUUCUUGCCAAACUAUCCAAUCUGUGGAGAUUCAUCGAUGUCGCAAAUGGCCACGCUGAGGCGACCUUAUACAAAUUACAUCAGAAGUACGGGGAUUAUGUACGUGUGGGACCACAGGUAGUGAGCGUACGAGAUUUGGAUGCCUUGAAAGUGAUCUAUGGCAUUAACAAGGGCUAUCGAAAGACACACUUCUACCAUGUACAGCAGCAAUUAGCCAAGGGGAAGCCCACUCCCACACUCUUCACCACGACGGAUGAAGAUUUCCACGCUGCUAUUAAACGGCCUAUAUCAGGAGCGUACUCGAUGAGUACUCUGACCGAGUUCGAACCCUUCGUCGACAAGACCAUGCAUACUCUGUUUAGGAAGUUAGACGACUUUGUGUCCCGGAACGAGGUUUGUGAUAUUGCAGUCUGGUUACAAUACUACGCUUUCGAUGUGAUCGGCGAAUUGACGUUCAGCAAACCGCUGGGAUUCUUAGAGAAAGGGACCGAUGUGGACGGCAUCAUUGCGGCUCUUGAGCAUAUGCUAGACUACUCUGGAAAGAUUGGUCAAAUGCCAUGGCUUGAUUAUCUCUUCAUCAAAAACCCUUUGAGACGGCUUAUUCAAGGAGGCUCAACGGGCGCGGUGGCUCGAUUUGCGCGGGCUCGCCUAGAUGAACGGUUAAAGGACUUGAAGCCGGGAGCAAAGAAGAUUGACAGUUACGCCCCUUCACGCAGAGACUUUCUUGCACGUUUCCUAGAAGCCAAAAAGGAAUAUCCGGAGGUUGUGACCGACAACCAGGUCUUUUCAUAUACUGUGAGCAAUGUGAUUGCUGGCUCCGAUACUACAGCCAUCUCGCUCAGAGCGAUUCUCUACUACACCCUCAAAAGCCCAAGGGUCAUGGCGAAACUAUAUGAAGAGCUCACCACGGCCUAUCGAGAACGCAGAAUAUCCAUACCAGUCUCCUGGAAGCAAAGUCAAGAAGAACUCCCGUACCUCGAUGCAGUGAUCAAGGAAGCGCUUCGCCUCCAUCCAGCGGUCGGGCUACUUCUCGAACGAAUCGUCCCCACCGGUGGACUCCAGCUUCCCAACGGAGGGCCAUUUUUGCCGGCUGGCACCAUUGUCGGCGCUAACCCCUGGAUUAUCCACCGUCACUCCAUCUUCGGGCAGGAAGUCGACUCCUUCGUCCCGGAAAGGUGGUUGCAGAUGGACGCGGAGUCUGAAACGACCUUCUACGCGCGGAGGCAACAGAUGCUCCGAGCAACAUUCACAUUUGGCGCUGGACCGAGGACGUGCAUUGGGAAGAACAUUAGUCUGUUAGAAAUUUAUAAGCUGGUCCCUUCUCUACUUCUAACAUACAAGGUGAGAGACGCGGGAAUUGACCCUCUUCCGGGCACGUCGAAAAUAUAUACACCAUCUAACGCGUGGUUCCUGCAGAUUGAGCUUGAGCAUCCGGAGAAGAAUUGGCAGACCGUCAACGCAUGGUUUGUGCGUCAGAAACAUAUGGACGUCAGAUUGGCUCGCCAUGAUUUUCUCUAG